UCUAAAUCACGAUCCAUAUUUUUUAAAUGACAAAUUUAUGUUCACUUAAUUAUUUAUUUAGCUUUUCAUUGAAAAACUUCAAAGAAAAAUUCUAUUCAAAUCUGCCAAUUGUUUUUGAACAAAACAAUUUUUGUGUUACAUCUUUCUGUGUUCAUUUCAUUAAAGUUGAUAUCUGUAGUGAGAGAUAAUUAUAAGAAAAUGUCUGAAGAAGCGAAACAAGGAGAUGAAUUAUUAAUAUCGUUAGUGAGAUCAUAUGAGCAUUUGUGGGAUAAGAAUAAUGAAAACUAUAAGGAUCAUCAAAUGAAGGAGACGUCAUGGUCAGAAAUAGCAUCAGCUAUGGAUAUGACUUCUCACAAUUGUCAAUCACGAUGGAAAAGGUUGAGAGGGUAUUUUUCUAAAGAGAGAAAGAAAAGAGGAGACGAAGCAAGAAGUGGUAGCAAGGGAGAGGUUCGAAAGCCUUGGCCACUAUAUAAAGUGAUAAAUUUUUUAGAAGAAACAAUGCACAGGAGAAGAACGUAUUCAAGUUUCAAAGAAAAAGAUGACUUAGAAAAUAAAAAUUCAGAAGAAGAAAAAAAAUCAAAGAAACAAAAAAUAAAUGAAGCUAAUAAGUCAAGGUGUAUAAUAAAAGAAGAACAUUCUUACAAAAAAACUAAAGGAAAAUGUAAUGAGUCAAGUGAAAUGUUAAAAGCAUUUAGUACAGUUAGUUCUUCGAUCCAAAAAAUAAACGAAAAAAUAUUAAAUAAAGAGGAAAGUAGAGAUGAGGCGUUAUGCAAAAUGAUUUUAAGAGAAUUACAAGAGAGUACAGGAUCAAAGAAAAAGACUUUGAGAAAAAAAUUAUUGAAAGUUAUUGUUGAAAAUUUGGAAUCAGAUAGUGAAUAAAUUUAUUGCGUAAUUAAUAAUUUAUAUUCUUGAAAAAAAUAUUAACAACUUUU